GGGCGCGAGGGGCAGGGCUUCUCGGAGACGGGGGAGAGGUCGCCGCGCCUCCCGCUUCUCAAGUUGUCGGCUCCCUCGGGUACAGCUUGGCGCGCGUCGAGUUCGCCGGGCGGGUGGCCGCCGUCCCCGGGUGGCACGCUCAGCUGUUGUCAGAGGCGACAUGAGUGCUGCGGGGCUGUUGGCUCCGGCCCCGGCCCCGGCCCCGACUGGAACGCCGCCGGCGCCGGAGUAUUACCCGGAGGAGGACGAAGAGCUGGAGAGCGCGGAGGACGACGAGCGCAGCUGCCGGGGCCGCGAGUCGGAUGAAGACACUGAGGAUGCUAGCGAAACUGACCUGGCAAAGCAUGAUGAAGAAGACUAUGUAGAAAUGAAGGAACAGAUGUAUCAGGAUAAACUAGCUUCUCUCAAGAGACAGUUACAGCAGUUGCAGGAAGGUACGUUACAGGAGUAUCAGAAGAGGAUGAAAAAACUAGAUCAGCAGUACAAAGAGAGGAUACGAAAUGCAGAACUCUUCCUGCAGCUGGAAACUGAACAAGUGGAAAGAAAUUACAUUAAAGAAAAGAAGGCAGCAGUAAAAGAAUUUGAAGAUAAGAAGGUUGAGCUGAAAGAGAACCUGAUUGCUGAGCUAGAAGAAAAGAAGAAGAUGAUUGAAAAUGAAAAGCUAACCAUGGAACUGACUGGAGAUUCUAUGGAAGUGAAACCCAUCAUGACCAGAAAGUUGCGGAGGCGACCAAAUGACCCUGUCCCCAUUCCAGACAAGAGGAGAAAACCUGCUCCUGCCCAGCUAAACUACUUGUUAACGGAUGAACAGAUCAUGGAGGAUCUGAGAACGUUAAAUAAGCUUAAGUCACCCAAGAGACCAGCAUCCCCCUCUUCUCCCGAACACUUGCCUGCCACACCAGCUGAGUCUCCAGCCCAGAGAUUUGAAGCCCGGAUAGAAGAUGGCAAAUUGUACUAUGAUAAAAGAUGGUACCACAAGAGCCAAGCCAUCUAUCUGGAGUCAAAGGACAACCAGAAACUGAGCUGUGUGAUCAGCUCUGUCGGAGCCAAUGAGAUCUGGGUGAGAAAGACCAGUGACAGCACCAAGAUGAGGAUUUACUUGGGCCAGCUUCAGCGUGGGCUCUUUGUGAUCCGCCGGAGGUCAGCGGCUUGACUUUCUACAGUGCGCUACUUCCCUUGACCCUUUUUCUGAAGUGCUUUUUGGUUUUCUUUUGUUUUCUUUUUAAUAGAGAGUUUUUAACUUGGGAA